UGAAGAUCCUGAAAGUAAUCUGAAAAAGAAGAAUGAGGUAUUGGUUGCCAUCGCAUUCUUGGAGAGGAACCAGAAGCAAUUGCUUUUUAAAUUACCUGACAUUCCAUCUGCUCUUGUGACUGAAAUGUAGACACUCAUCUAUCCCAUUAAGCAGGCACGGUUCCAGCCUGGGGGAAGGAACAGCAGGGAAAAAACAGUAAAGAUGCGAAUUUGUCCAAACUGGCGACAGCUGACCGGAACCUCUACAACAAAAUCUGGAUGAGUCAGCGUUUCACAAAACUUGAAACGAGAUAUGGCUUGGUGGAAGACGGGAACUUUUGCAGUAGUUACUGUGGGCACACUAAGGCAACGCUACAUCGAUUUUUACAUGCAAUACCUGCCACUGGCUUUAAGUAAUGUCAGUUUGAGACUUGCAAAGCAUAUCAAAAGAGAAGAUCUUGGAUGUGUGGCUGAUGAUAAUUAGCACAGAAACAGUGACAGUUCAUUAGUUGAGCUUCGUAAAGGAUACUCUCGAUGAUAUGGGCACGUAAAUAGAAAUGAAGGGGCACUAUUCUUGUCGUGGAUAAUGCUCCUGUCCAACUGAUAUAGUUGAGUAUAUUCACUCUCAAGGAUACACAUGCUUGGCAAGUGCCUUGACAAAGAAAAAUUAUAAAAAUGGUUCAGAAAAAAAAAAGAAUA